AACUUUGUUGUUUUUUUAUUUAAACUUUAUGCUAAUAUCAAGAAAAUUAGCUUUUAUUACCUUGAAAUAUAACCAGGGAAAUAGUUGAGCAUAGUAUAUCCUUCUUUGCCCACAACACAAUGUUUAACUGUUAAGCUCAUCCCUGUGUCAAAGUUGUUCGUCCAUAUUUGCUGAGUAUGACACUUCUUUAACUCACUUCUGUCAUAAGUUUGAUCCAUCCAUCUGACAUAAACAGCAUCCAAUUAUUUAUUUAAGAAUAAAUUUAAUGUAAUGUCGAAGGGAUGAACGACACAUUGUUUGUUCCAUUUAGACAAUGUUUAAUGUUCAUGGGAUAUUAUAUGUAUUUAAAUAAAUAUAGAAGGGCAACUAGAAAUUUAUCAAACUAUACUUUGUAAAAGAAAUUACCAUAUAAAUAACGUGUCUUGUAUAAUAAUAAUACUGCUGUCUGGAAGUGUUCGUGUUACAUUUUGCUGGAUUCGUCAACUGCUCGGCUGACAGACACCCAGCUCCAAAUAAAACUCACCGGUAGAUAAUCAGGUUUGAUCAGCAAUGAGAAGGAGAAGAAGAAAGGUCUGGACAUUAUGUGCUGUGGUUUUAUUUUUAUUUGUGUUUGUUUAUGGCUGGUACCAAAAACUUGAUGAAAAAUUUCUUGAAUUGCACACUUGUCCAUCUUGUUAUGGUCAGAAUUUAUGUCCAUAUUUAAUUAAAAAUGAAUAUUCUUUAAGUAAUAAGAUAGAGUUAACAGGCUUUUCAAGUUGGAAAAUUAUGAAAUUUUUAAAUGUUAAAAAUGUUUAUUAUGGACAAAGUGGACAGAAUAUGGUUGUGUUAAAGAAAUUAGCUCAUGAUUCAGAGUUAAGAAAAUUUGACCAAAAGCUAUGCAAAGCAAUGAAAGUGACAGAAAAAUGUGAUGUAUCACAAGCUAUAAAAUCUCUCCUAACUAAAAGUAAUCUGAAUUUUUCACAAAUAAUCAAUAGAUACCCACAGCUAUUUGAAAUGAGUGAAGGUGUGAAAUGUAAUCAUAACAGAAGUCUACAGAACUUGUAUGAAAACUAUGGCAAUAUUGAUAGUGGACCUUACCAUCAUCAUCAUUUCAUCACCAUGUUAGCUGUAAACAUGGAGCCUCUGAUAUUAAAUGCUUAUCAGCACAAGUGGUUUCCCACACUGCGAGGCAUGUGUGGUCGUGUUAUAGUGGAGGAUUAUGUGGGACCUACUCUUACACAACUCAGUCAAGUGCCUUGGAUUGUUCGUGCUGACUAUGCUCGCCAGUUACUAGAAAUGGCUCAAGACUUUUCGGAUGCGGAAUUUCGUCUCUACUUGACUGAUGUGUCUCUGGAUAAUUUUGCAGUUUCUCACCAUGGCGAAGUAAAAGUUAUUGAUGCUGAGAAUAUUGUCUUGGUAGAUCCAUCUAUUCACGGCCUUGAUCCUGCAGAACAUGUUAAUGAUGGAUUUGGAUGUCGUGAUUGCCUUAGUUUUUCAUAUGAAGAUCUAUGUGGCCAUACUUCUUCUGAUCACAACUUCUUUGCUGUAUGUAAGGGGAUGCUCUCAUCAUCGGCCUUUUCACAAGAUCUUCCUGAAGGCCUCUUGCAUUCACCUCCCUCUUGGGUGACCAAGGAACAUCCUUUACUGUUAUCCUUGGUAGAAGACUGUGCAAGUCAUUCAUUUAGUGAUUUCACCAGCCAUUCUCUACCCAUGAGGAGAAAAGCAGCAGCUGCUCUCCAUGAGCACUUGUUGACUGUGUUACCAAAACGAGGUAAUUCCAGCUGAUGUUUCAAGUGUGCACAUUUGUUGCACCAUUAAUACAGUAUAUUUAUUAUUGAAAAAUUAUUUUUUUAAAUUUUCAGUACAUGGUUAAAGGUGGAAAUGGUAACAUUGGAAGAGAUUGAAUAACCAGAAUGUUGCCACUUGUCAGAAUUUGGCCCUUAAACUUAUAUAAACAAGAAUUAUAUUUGAUAGUGAUAUCCCUGUUAGCCGGAUCAAUUGGUGCAGAGCAUUUCCGGGAAUGAGAGAUUUCCAGGUAACGAGACAACUCUCUUGAACCCGGAAAAUAUCACUCAUCCCCGGAAUUUUCCAGGUAGUGGAAAAUUUUCUUGGAAUUUUCAGAAAAUACACCUGAUUUUCAUCUCUAAAACCCAGAAAAAAAAUCCCCCAUUCCUGGAAUUUUCCGGGUAUCGGGAAAUUUUUCUCGGAAAUUUCAGGAAAAUCGUUCCCAAAACCGAAAUUUUCCGGAAAAUUCCGGCUUUGGGAACGAUUUUCAGAGAAAAUUUCAAUUCCGGCUAUCGGAGAGUUCCGAGUUUGAGAGAUUCCAUCUAAUGGAGAUAUUACUGUACUGUACAGCACAUAAUUUUUUCUUCAUGUCGCAAAAAUCUUAAAACAGAUCAACUUUCCUUGCUUGACAGCCUUCACCAGGUAUCUCCUAUUAAUGCACAAGCUGUUUUAGAACAUUAGACUGCACACACAACUGACAGUUUCCCAAUCCCUCACUGUCACUGCUAACUCCCUGAAAAGGUAGGUAGGAAUCAAGGUUGCCUUCUACAAAAGGUCUUUUUAGCCAGUAUAAACAAAGCACUACAAAAGGUCUUUUUAGCCAGUAUAAACAAAGCAAACGUCUUGAUUUUAGAGUCAAUGUUCCAUCUCGGAUUCAGGGUUAGUUAGUGGGGUUUACUGAAAUUCUAGGUGUAAUCAUUAAUCGAUUAACUGUGAACUCGCCAUCUGUGAUUUAGCCAGAUAUUUUUAUGUUUGCUGUGCUAUAUAUAUUAUUGGACGACAGGAAAUGGGUCGAGGUAGUAUUGACAUUUUGUCUUAUUACAUUAUUUGGUCUGUUUCAUUACAUCUUGUGGUUCAAUGUUUCAGCAAGUGUGCUGGCUUAAAAAGAUGACCUUUAACUUCAAGGACAAUUAAUACCUCUGGUCACAUUUUAUAUAUUUUUAAGUUUUACAAGAAUGGGGCUCAUCUCAUGCUUAUUGCAGAGAACCAGCUUACAAUCUCUGGAAAGUCAUGUGUUACUCCAAAAAGUUAUAAUUUGGGUAAUAAUCUUUUCAUCUAUUCUCUUACUAAGCCACCUCAUCAGACCAGCUGAAUAACUUUCAUGAGGAGGUAUAGAAUAUCUUAAGAAAUACAAUGACCUCUUUAUUAUAAAAGUUAUUACAAAUCACAAUAGUAAUAUUUAAGAUACAAUAUCUGAAAUCACAAAUACUACACAAAGCACCCUUAAUGUUCAGUAGCUACGAUACCAUUUUCGUUCAGGCGAAUACAGUUUGCAAAUAAAUAUCUCCCAAUUCAUGUA